AAAACUCAGCGCUUACCCUUUUUUUCCUAAGUCCUAACCUUCAUCUUCUUGACCAAAACACAAUAGCGGCCACAUACCUCCUUGUCUCGCGGACCACCAAACCUCCGCGCCCCUAUCAACCAACAAAUCCGUCGCUCCUAGCCACGAAUCCAACGAACAACCUGCGACCCCUAACUUUCCGCAAACCCAAGACGCACCACCUACGACCAAACACCGCGCACCCUCGUUGAUCCGCAUAUCUACGAAGAGAAGAGAGGUUGAGCAAUGGAGGGGGGCGAGGGAGGAGAGGGGUUGAACCAGGCAGUGCAGCAGCAGCUAAAUCUGAAGCAAGUGAAGACCCGCGCUAUCAGCCUCUUCAAAGCCAUCUCUCGUAUUCUUGAAGAUUUCGAGGCCUACGGUCGCACCAACUCUACCCCCAAAUGGCAAGACAUUCUGGGUCAAUAUUCUAUGGUCAACCUUGAGCUUUUCAACAUCGUCGAUGACAUCAAGAAGGUGUCCAAGGCCUUUCUGGUCCAUCCCAAGAAUGUUAAUGCCGACAAUGCUACCAUACUCCCUGUCAUGCUUUCCUCCAAACUACUCCCUGAAAUGGAGACCGACGACACCGCUAAGAGAGAUCAAUUGCUUCUGGGGAUGCAAAACCUCCCAAUUCCAACGCAAAUUGAGAAGCUCAAGGCCCGUCUUGAUCUGAUUUCCGCAGCCUGUGAAGGUGCUGAAAAAGUGUUGGCUGACACUCGCAAAGCCUACUGCUUCGGAACUCGUCAAGGCCCAGCCGCCAUUGCCCCGGCCACUCUAGACAAGGGUCAGGCUGCCAAAAUUCAAGAGCAAGAAAAUCUACUCCGUUCUGCUGUCAAUGCCGGUGACGGAUUACGGAUACCAGGAGACCAGAGGCACAUCACUCCUGCACAACCUCCAUUGCAUUUAGCAGAUGCACUUCCUGUCGUCAUUGCCAAUGACCCUACUACUGCACAACCGCAACCACAACUCUCAGCAAACACCAUGGGCAUGCCUGCCCAGAAUUCCUUGUUACAGGCCUCCUCCGCAACCGUAUCACAACUUUUGGGAAGAUCAGCAGCAUCUCCUUCUGCUGCAACCACCACCACCACUUCUUUUGACAAUAUAACAGCUUCCCCAAUCCCAUAUGCCAAUUCACCUAGGUCUUCUACAAACAUCAUGAACUCUCCAUCCCCUCAGCAACAACAAACCCAACAACAGCCACCAGUGCUGCAGCAGCAGCAGCAACGACAGAAAUUCAUGCAAUUACCUCAACAGCAGCAGCAGCACCAAAUUCUUGCUCAGCAGCAACAGUUCAGGCAGUCUGCAAUGCAAGGACUGGGACAGUUGCACGGACAACAUCAGAUGCAAUUUUCUCAACCACUUGGGCACCAGCAAUUUCAGGGUAGGCAGCUGCCUUCAGGACAUGUUCAGCAUGGCAUUGGUCAAAGCCAACUCAAUCAAGGAAACCAAAUGACUCGAUUAAGCCAGUUUUCUGGUCCUGCUAACAGUGCGCUAUUCAGUGCUGCUCAAACAACACCUAAUACUCAAAUGAUUCCAAACAUUUCCGGCACAUUACCUUCACAGUCCCUUCUCCCACGGGUGCAGUUAGGAUUAUCUGGAAACAACCCUCAGCGAAGUCAUCCUUCCCAAAUGUUGAGUGAUCAGGUGUUUAACAUGGGAGGUGGCAAUCCUGGUGGUAUGAUGCCCAUACAACAGCAGCAGCAGCAGCAGCAACAACAUGGUUCACAAGCAUUUGGUAGCAUGGCAUCAAAUGCUCAGAAUCUACAAUCUGGGUUGGUGACACUUCAAAACACACAACAGAAUCACCCCAAUUUCUCUCAGCAGAGACAGCAAAAUCCACAGUGAUUAGGACUCGGCAUGGAUGGGGUUGGUUGAACCAUGUUGCUGUAGAAACAUGGUUCACUAAAACUGAACCAAACUUUUAGUUUAAUUAUUUUUUGGGUUACCAAAUUAUUUUUAAUUUUGUAAAAAAAAACUGAACUGAAAAAAAAAACUGGUUAGUCCAGUUCGGUUUGUGGGUUCAUUGGAUUUAUACGGCAGGCUUGUAUAAUUACAAUAUUGCAAACCUAUGUUAGAAUUUAGAAAAUAGUUUGUGAAGAGCGUAAAAUGGCUGGUUGAUUCAGAACUAUUUGUAGGGGCGAUAAUCGAAAACCACGGCAUCGUCGUUCAUUGAGUCUUACUAUUACCAAACCCAAACAUAUGAAAUUAUGAAUGGUAUUGCUCUCCUUCA